CCUUAUAAUUUUAUCAGUCAAAUUCUCUCCUAAACCCUACCGAUAAUCAACUCUCUCUUCAGCUCCUCUCCCCUUCCCGAUGAAGAACCGAUUGCGAUAAUCAGCUAUAUACAUACAUACAUCUCUGUGCCAUUGGGCGCUGUAGAGAAAGCAGCCGGAAAAGAUGAGUACUGUCGACAAAAUGUUGAUAAAGGGCAUCCGGAGCUUCGACCCCGAAAACAAAAACGUCAUCACCUUCUUCAGGCCCCUCACUCUCAUUGUCGGCCCCAACGGUGCCGGAAAAACUACUAUAAUCGAGUGCCUGAAAGUUGCCUGUACAGGUGAACUACCUCCAAAUGCCCGGUCAGGCCACAGCUUCGUUCAUGACCCAAAGGUGGCGGGGGAGACAGAGACGAAGGGCCAGAUAAAGCUAAGGUUUAAGACGGCAGCAAGGAAGGAUGUGGUCUGCAUAAGGUCAUUUCAGCUCACCCAGAAAGCCACCAAGAUGGAGUACAAGGCAAUUGAGUCUGUGCUUCAGACGAUAAAUCCUCAGACUGGAGAGAAAGUUUGCCUAAGCUACCGAUGUGCUGAUAUGGACAGAGAGAUUCCAGCUCUUAUGGGUGUGUCCAAGGCUGUUCUUGAGAAUGUUAUAUUUGUACACCAGGAUGAGGCAAACUGGCCAUUGCAAGAUCCAUCAACACUGAAGAAGAAGUUUGAUGACAUAUUUUCAGCAACUCGGUACACGAAGGCAUUGGAGGUUAUCAAAAAGCUUCACAAGGACCAAGCACAGGAAAUAAAGACAUAUAAGCUGAAAUUGGAUCAUUUACAAACACUGAAAGAUGCUGCUUUUAAGCUACGGGAGAGCAUUGCACAAUAUGAAGCGAAGACAGCAACAUUAAAUUCUCAAAUCGAGGAGCUUGACCCCAAAAUACAGAAUAUCGACAGAGAGAUUAAUAAAACUGAAUUGCUGUUGAAGGACCUGCGUGAGUUACAAGGUCAGAUAGCUACAAAGUCAGGGGAAAGAAAAUCCAAGUUUGAGGAUGUACACAAGCGUUAUAGUGACCUUGAUGAGGAAAAUGAAGACACUGAUGAAGAACUAAAUGAAUGGAAAUCCAAAUUCGACGAAAGGAUUGCAGUGUUGGAAACCAAAGUUAAUAAGUUAUUGAGGGAAAAGAUGGAUAAUAAGGAGACAAGUCGACAUCUUGAGGAUGACAUUGCAAAAAAUAUCAAGGAGAUUGCCAAGCUUCAAGCACUCAUAGAAGCUCAAUUGUCCCAGAAGGAUAAAAGAGACUCCGCCGUUCGAAGCCUUAUCAGGAAGCACAAUUUAGGCUCACUACCAAGUGGCCCAUUAAGUGAUGAUGUUUGUUCCAGCCUUACUGAUCGAAUCCAGUCAAUGUUGAAGGACCUACACAAAGACUUACAGGAUAAGAAGAAAUCAAACAAAUUAGCGCUUGAUGCACUGUUUGAUAAGUACAUGCAUGCAAAUGAUCGUUGGAAACGAAUUGAGGCUCAAAAGGAGGCUAAAGUAGAAAGGAAGAAUAAUAUUUUGAAUAGUAUUCAAGAAAAGGAGAAUGUGCGUGAUUCAUUUGAGGGUCGGAUUGCUGCUGUUGAUAUGUCUGUGAUUGACGAGAGAGAAAGAAACAUGCAAAUUGAGGUAGAAAGGAAAAGUAAUCAACUGGCUGCAAAAGAUUUUGCUGAGCGUUUUAAAAAAAUGAAACUUGAAAGGUUCAAGUUGGAGCAGGAAAUUGAAGCCCUUGACCACCAAAGGAAUACCAUGGAAUCUGAUUCCCAUGACAGAGUUGUACUAUCUGUUAAGAAAGCAGAUUUGGAAAACGUUAGAAAGAAACAUAGAAGGACAAUGAAUGAGUGCAAAGACAGAGUCACAGGGGUGCUGAAGGGAAGGAUUCCACCUGACAAGGAUUUGAAAAAUGAGAUUGUGGAGGUCCAGAGUUCUCUUCAAAAAGAGUAUGACGACUUAGAGAAAAAGGCUGAUGAAGCUAGAAAUGAGGUGGCUAUGCUGAAGUUGAAAAUACAAGAAGUCAACAGUAACUUGUCAAAUUUCCACCAUGAUAUGGAAUCAAGACGGAGAUUUGUUGAAUCCAAACUUCAGUCCUUGGAUCCGCAGGCUGGUGGUAUCGAUUCAUAUCUUAAAAUGUUAGAGACUGCCAAGGAAAGGAGAGAGGACCUGAGCAGAGACUACAAUAUUGCUGAUGGCAUGGGGAGAAUGUUUGAUCCAUUCGAAAAGAUUGCUAGUGCUCAUCACUACUGCCCUUGCUGUGAGAGACCUUUUUCAUCCAAUGAAGAAGAUGCAUUUAUUAAAAAGCAAAGAGUGAAAGCACUGGAUAUUUCCGAACGGCGGAAAUUAUUGGAAGUACAGUCAUCAAAUGCUGAUUUUCAGUUUCAGCAGUUAGACAAACUCCGGGUGGUCUAUGAUGAAUAUGUCAAAACUGGCAAGGAGUUAAUUCCGCUUGCUGAAAAGAACCUGCAUGACUUAAAUGAGGAUCUUGAUCUAAAACAUCAGGCUCUUGAUGAUGUGCUGGGUGUACUGGCUCAAAUAAAGGCUGAAAAGGAUUCUGUAGAUGCAUUGAUACAACCUGUAGGAACUGUUGACAGGCUGUUCCAGGAAAUGCAAGCUUUACAGAAACAGGUAAAUGAAUUGGAAAGCAAACUUGAUAUUCAAGCUCAAGGUCAAGAUGCCAAAUCCCUAGAAGAGAUCAUAUCAGAGCUGAAAAGUUUGGAGAAAGAAAGGAAUACCUUGAUUGAUGAUACAGAGAAGUUAAGAACUGAGCAGAUGAACAUGGAAAAAGAAAUAUCAUCAUUACAAUCACGUUGGAGCAUUGUAAGGGAAGAGAAGAUUAAUGUUGCUAACAUAUUAUCAAACAUUAAAAGAGUAGAGGAUGAGUUAGAUCGUCUGCUUGAAGAUAAAAGUCAAGUUGAUCUUGAUUUGAAGCAUUUGGAAGAAGAUCUUGCUCCCUUGGCAAGGGAGAAAGAAAAACUACGUGAUGAACACAAGAAGUUGGAGGCCGAGCUUAAUCGUGAAUAUGACUUACAGGCUAAGAACCAUACAGAAACCCAACUGGAAGUUAAUUCACUGCUUGAAAUGGUUUCUACAAUCAAAAAGAAUGAGAGCUUGAAUAAAGGUGAGGAAUUGAAAGCACUACAAGCAAAGCAAACAUUAGCAAGAUCCAAUAUUACAAAAUGUCAAACCAGAAUGAAUGAGAUUGAGGAGGAACUUGAAAAGAGCAAAGACUUGAUUCGUAGUCAGGCAGAAUUAAGACGCAAUAUACAGCAGAAUUUAGAUUACAGAGAAGCAAAAGCCCAGCUGGAUGAGCUAACUCGAGAGAUUGAAUCACUUGAAGACAGUGUAUUGAAGAUCGGUGGUGUUUCAAAGUUUGAAUCUCUGCUUCUAAAGAAUUCACAAGAACGAGAUAGUCUUCUGAAAGAGUUAAAUAGUCAUCGCGGAACCUUAUCUGUAUACAAGAGUAACAUUGAUCAGAGUAAAGCUGAUCUCAAGCAGGCACAAUACAAAGACAUUGAUAAACGCUAUUUUGAUCAACUAAUUCAACUGAAGACAACUGAGAUGGCAAAUAAGGAUCUGGACAGAUACUAUAAAGCCCUUGACAAAGCUCUCAUGCGCUUCCACUCAAUGAAAAUGGAAGAGAUAAAUAAGAUUAUUCGGGAAUUAUGGCAGCAGACUUACAGAGGCCAGGAUAUUGAUUAUAUUAGCAUUCAUUCAGAUUCUGAGGGUGCUGGUACUCGGUCUUACAGCUACAGGGUGUUAAUGCAAACUGGUGAUGCGCAACUAGAAAUGAGAGGAAGAUGUAGUGCCGGUCAAAAGGUACUUGCUUCGCUUAUCAUAAGAUUGGCAUUAGCGGAAACUUUUUGCCUUAAUUGCGGAAUACUUGCACUGGAUGAACCAACCACAAACUUGGACGGUCCCAACUCUGAGAGUCUCGCUGCAGCUUUACUAAGAAUAAUGGAGGAUAGAAGAGGCCAAGAGAAUUUUCAGCUUAUCGUCAUUACUCACGAUGAGCGGUUUGCUCAACUUAUCGGCCAAAGGCAGCACGCUGAAAAGUACUAUCGCAUCUCUAAGGAUGACUACCAACACAGUAUAAUUGAGUCCCAAGAAAUAUUUGAUUAACUGAGUUGAGAGUAAAUUUGUUCUUGUACUGUAAUUUGCAUUGUAUAUAGCCUUGUAGGAAACCUUCCUCAUAGUGACGUGUUUUUUAAGUGUUAUGAUGCUGCGUUUUUUAUUUAACUGUUUGAAACAAGACCAAAUAGUGUGUUGUGCUUCGUACUCUCAAUUGAAUUAUCUUAUCUUAGUA